GGCAGCCUCCUAAACCCACCCUGUUCAGUCUGUUUCGCGCUUACUUGCCUUCCUUGUGUGCUUUUGUGUGUGUGUGUGUGUGUGUGUGUGUGUGUGUGUGUGCGCGCGCGCGCGCAGCUCCAGGGUGUCCGCUGUAACAAUCUCCCAGUGGGUAUGCGCCACUACCCCCGGCCCCGCCGAGCUCCCAUCCUUGACAAUGUCUAACCUUCUUUGUCCCUGUAUGGUAAAUCUGUUGACUAAGGCUCCUCUACCCCAAGAACACUAACUCAGGAGCUGUCUUCUGAGACUCUGGAUGACUUUAUUCUUCAAAUGACUUUACCCUUCCAGUAGCUCCAGGGACCCUCCAUUCCCCAUAUCCAGGAAAAUGUGACGCGCUACAGGUGAUCAGCUUCCAGAUCACCACGGUCUAGCCACAAGUGACUUGAGUCGGAGAUCCAGGGACAGCGACAUCAGGAAGAUGUCUAAAGAAAUGGCAGACCAAAGAGAAGGAGAAGCUGGAGGCAAAGAGGUGUGCGGAGACCAGAUCAAAGGAUCGGACAAAGAGGAGGAACCGCCAGCUGCUUCAUCCCAUGGCCAGGAGUGGCGUCCAGGUGGCAGAGCAGCUAAGAACACAAGACCUGAACCUGGGGCUAGACCCCCUGCUCUCCCUGCCAUGGUCAAUGAUCCACCAGUACCUGCCUUACUGUGGGCCCAGGAAGUGGGCCACGUCUUGGCAGGCCGUGCCCGCAGGCUGCUGCUGCAGUUUGGGGUACUCUUCUGCACCAUCCUCCUCCUGCUCUGGGUGUCUGUCUUUCUCUAUGGCUCCUUCUACUAUUCCUACAUGCCCACAGUCAGCCACCUCAGCCCUGUGCAUUUCUACUACAGGACCGACUGUGAUUCCUCUACCACCUCACUCUGCUCCUUUCCCGUUGCCAAUGUCUCGCUGGCUAAAAGUGGACGUGAUCGGGUGCUCAUGUAUGGACAGCCAUAUCGCGUCACCUUAGAGCUUGAGUUGCCAGAGUCUCCUGUGAAUCAAGAUUUGGGCAUGUUCUUGGUCACUGUUUCAUGCUACACCAGAGGCGGCCGAAUCAUCUCUACUUCUUCCCGCUCCGUGAUGCUGCAUUACCGCUCAGACCUGCUCCAGAUGCUUGACACCCUGGUCUUCUCUAGCCUCCUUCUGUUUGGCUUUGCUGAGCAGAAGCAGCUCCUGGAGGUGGAACUCUAUGCAGACUAUAGAGAGAACUCGUAUGUGCCGACAACCGGAGCAAUUAUUGAGAUCCACAGCAAGCGCAUCCAGAUGUAUGGAGCCUACCUCCGCAUCCAUGCCCAUUUCACUGGGCUCAGGUACCUGCUGUACAACUUCCCGAUGACUUGCGCCUUCAUAGGUGUUGCCAGCAACUUCACCUUCCUCAGCGUCAUUGUGCUCUUCAGCUACAUGCAGUGGGUGUGGGGGGGCAUCUGGCCCCGGCAUCGCUUCUCUUUGCAGGUUAAUAUCCGAAAGAGGGAGAGUUCCCGGAAGGAAGGCCAACGAAGGAUCUCUACCCAUCAGCCUGGAGCAGGGCUGGAAGGACAGGAGGAGUCAACUCAACUGUCAGAUGUGACAGAGGACGGGGAGAGCCCUGAAGAUCCCUCAGGGACAGAGGGUCAGCUGUCUGAGGAGGAGAAACCAGACCAGCAGCCGCUGAAUGGAGAGGAGGAGCUGGAGCGGGAGGCCAGUGAUGGUUCAGGCUCCUGGGAGGAUGCAGCUCUGCUGACUGAGGCCAACCUGCCUGCUUCUGCAUCUGCCCCUGCCCCUGCCCCUGCCCCUGUGUCUGCCCCUGCCCCAGAGACUCUGGGCAGCUCUGAGCCCUCUGUGAGCACUCUGAGACAGCGCCCCACCUGCUCCAGCUCCUAAAGAAAUAAGAGGACAGAUUCCUCACAUUCCAGCACUUUCCCACCUGGUCCCUCCCCUUGUUUUCCCUUCAAUAAACUAUUUUGUGCCAGCUGCU